AAAGGAAAAAAGUUCGCAAAAGGAGGCAGGAGUACCCCGGACAGCCCUGCAGACUCGCUUUUUAUGUUUUCAAAAAGUCUCUCUUUGCAGUCUUUUUGCGUUCUGCAACCCUGAUAUUCUUAUUUUUCUUACGAAUCAUUUGAAAGCGGAAAGACUGAGGUAUCAUGGAACUGCUGUGUCUGGAAAUGGACACCAUCGUAAGAGCCCGUCCUGACCCGAAUCUCCUGUAUGAUGACAGGGUCUUACAGAGGUUGUUGACAAUUGAAGAAAGGUUUCUACCCCAAUGUUCUUAUUUCAAAUGCGUACAGAAAGAUAUUCAACCCUUUAUGAGGAGGAUGGUCGCGACCUGGAUGCUGGAGGUCUGUGAAGAACAGAAGUGCGAGGAAGAAGUUUUUCCUUUGGCAAUGAACUACUUGGACAGAUUUUUAGCAGUGGUACCAACUAGAAAGUGUAAUCUGCAGCUGCUGGGCGCAGUGUGUAUGUUUCUUGCGUCCAAACUCAAAGAGACACGUCCUUUAACUGCGGAAAAGCUGUGCAUUUACACUGACAAUUCUAUCAGACCGCAGGAACUGCUGGAGUGGGAGUUGGUGGUCCUAGGGAAGUUGAAGUGGAACUUGGCUGCCGUCACUCCCAACGAUUUUAUCGAGCACAUCGUGAGGAAAUUGCCGCUGCCCAAGGACAAACUGGACCUGAUCCGCAAGCAUGUGCAGACCUUCAUCGCCCUCUGCGCAACAGAUUUCACCUUCGCCAUGUACCCUCCAUCAAUGAUUGCCACGGGCAGUGUUGGAGCUGCCAUCUGCGGCCUGCAGUUAAACACCACUGACCAUUCUCUGUGGGGUGAUAACCUCACCGAUCUCCUCGCCAAGAUCACAAACACAGAAGUGGAUGUGCUAAAGGCCUGUCAGGAGCAGAUUGAGAGAGUUUUGAUGAACAGUCUGCGCGAGGGGCGUCGACAGCAGCAGAAGCAGCAGCAGCAGGAGCAGGGCGGGGCCAGGAACAAGACCCUGGACGAGCAGGACCAGUCCAGCACCCCCACCGACGUACGAGACAUCAACUUGUGAGGUCACCGGAGGAGCGGAACGAUCAAGCAACCUUCCAAACAAACGAGAGAAAAAAAAACAAACAAAAAAACAACAAAAACAAAAAUGACGAAAAAAAAACCCAAACAACCCCAACAAAAAAAGUGCUUACUAGUCUUUGUAGCUUUUUCCCUGUCAUCUUCUUCUUCUUCUUCUUCUUUUUCCUCUUCUUUUAUUGAAAAUGCUCCUUUUAAAAAAAGACAAAACAAACAUAAAAACACAAAAAAAACAAAUCAAAGCUAUUUUAGAUACAAAAAUAGAUAUUUUCAGAGCAGUUACAAAUUGAUACAGAAAAUUUCUAUGGUGCCUCUAAUUCAUAGAAGGGAAACCUAUAGUAUUUUGCUUACCAGUUUUGAUUGUAUAAACAUAAUAAAAUUUAUAUUUAAUACAAAAAGCAAUAGUGUAAUAAUAAUAAUAAUAAGGCUUUUAAAAGUAGAGUGUUAACCAUAUAAGAUUGGUAAGGGUACACACACACGGGGCUAUGGGUUUUUUUUGUUUUUUUUUUAGGAUUUGUUGUGGGGGGUUUUUUUUUGGUUAAUGUUUGUAUGCCUGGAUUUGGACGCUCACACACAUACAUCGGUGUAUCACAGUGUCUUCAAGAAGAGCAUUGGUGUGAGAUGGAUUAAAGGUCCUGUCUCAUGAUAGCGGGGGUCCUAUGUGAACAGAGCA